AUGAAUGGGGAUUUAGCAGCUGGAAAGAUGGCUUCCUCCACCGGUCCCAUGGGCCCCAUUGGCAGCCUGGAGCUCCUGGACCUGCUGUUUGACCAUCAGGACGGCAUCCUGAGACACGUAGAGCUGGGCGAGGACUGGGGCCACCUCGAGGACCAGCAGGUCCUGCCCGGCCCAGACUCAGAUGAUUUCCUCAACUCCAUCCUGGCUUCUGGAGACUCAGUGCCCGGCUCCCCGAUCUGGUCCCCUGCAGCCAGUGACAGUGGCAUCUCUGAAGACCUGCCCUCCGACUCCCAGGACACCCCUCCACGCAGUGGGGCAGCCACCACCCCCGCGGGCUGCCCCUCCUACCACCCGGGAGCCCCCUGCCUCGCCGGGCCUCCCGGACCCGUGGCCCAAGUGCUGGACGCGUCUGUGGCCAUAGACUUGGAAAUGUGGAGCCAGGGCCUCCGUCGUGAGGAGCGGGCUGAGUUGGCCGACCUGCCUUCGAGCUGCAGCCUCACGGUGAAAGACCUCCUCCUGUCGGGCGGCGGCGGCGACCUGCAGCAGCAUCACCCGGGGGCCCCUCACCUGCCCCGGCCUGCGACCCAGCACUGCCAGGAGCUGGUGCUGACGGAGGACGAGAAGAAGCUUCUGGCCAAAGAAGGCCUCACCCUGCCCACCCAGCUGCCCCUCACCAAGUAUGAAGAGCGAGCGCUGAAAAAAAUCCGCCGGAAAAUCCGGAACAAGCAGUCGGCCCAAGAGAGCCGGAAAAAGAAGAAGGAAUAUAUUGAUGGCCUGGAAACUCGGAUGUCAGCCUGCACUGCCCAGAACCAGGAGCUUCAGAGGAAGGUCUUGCAUCUGGAGAAGCAGAACCUGUCCCUCUUGGAGCAGCUGAAGAAGCUCCAGGCCAUCGUGGUCCAGUCCACCAGCAAGUCGGCCCAGACAGGCACCUGCAUAGCGGUCCUGCUGCUCUCCUUUGCCCUCAUCGUCCUGCCCUCCAUUAGCCCUUUCGUCGCCAACAAAGCCGAGGGCGCCGGAGACUACGCGCCUGUUCGAGUUUUCUCCAGAACUUUGCACAACGACGCUGCGUCCCGUGUGGCCCCCGAUGCCACACCAGGCUCCGAGGUCCCAGGACCACAGCCCAAAGCUGGCGCGUCCCAGGAAGGGUCUCCAGGCAGCCCCAGGGCAGACUGGGAAUCUCAGGGCAAGUCGGCUCUGGACAACUUGACGGAGGAGUUGGACAACUCGACCCUGAUCGCAGACAACUCGACAGAGAAGCUGAACCAGGCCACCCUGCUGGACUGGACUGCCCCUGAGCCAGCGCUCAGCCCUGGGCGCGGGGGAUUGGAGGCAGCAGGGGAGGAGCUGUGA